CAUCACCAUCAAGACAAUAACAUCAUCAAUUUGGGACGUUCUUCUUCUUCUCAGCUGCAAGGUCCAAAAAGUCAGUGUAGUGAAAACAGACGAUCCGAAGAAUAUUACCCUCUUUCAUCUCUCUCUAUAACAUUAUUCAUAAGUAAGAUAAAAACCUUUCUCUCUGUCAAACACACCAAUUUCUCUCUCUCUCUCUCUCUUUUUCCUUUCUGGGGUUUUAAGGUUGUUUGCUUUUGUAUCUCAAUCUCCAGGUUCAGUUUGAUCUUAUGUCAAUGAAGGAUUUUUAGACAAAACCCAGAUUCACAGGAAAAACCCUUAAAGCGGAGAAUAAAAGGCAACGACUUUUCAUCUCUACGCAAGUGAUUAUGGCGGUUGUUGAGAAUGUUGGGGCCAAAAUCGGUUCUUCGAGCCAGAGUUUGGAGAACGGUGUAGUGUCAGCGGAUUCGGGUGAGGUUGAGAAAUCGAAAACCAGAGGCGAUCAGGAUAUGAACAACGGCGUUUUCAACCAUCAACAGCACCAAGAGACAGUUCCCGGUACCAUGCCAGUUCCUAACGGCAAUUUCAGCUACAAGCACGCUAAUGGGGUGAACAAUGAUGGGUAUGGGAUGAAUGGGGUCAUGAGUGAAGAGAAUGGGGGUGAGAGUUUCAAGCGUGAUAUGAGGGAUUUGGAAGAGCUUUUGUCAAAAUUGAAUCCCAUGGCUGAGGAAUUUGUGCCUCCAUCACUAGCCAAUACGCAUGGCCUUUUAGCUGGACCUAAUGCUGGGUUUGGUUACACUAACAAUUUUAUACUGCCUAAUAACUAUGGAAAUACUAAUGGCCAAACUAACAACAGAAGGAGGAAGAAUGGCUAUAAUCCCGGGAAGCGAAGAAUGAAUCAUAAAAUGGAUAUGGAGAAAAGGGAGGAGAUGAUUCGGAGGACCGUUUAUGUGUCUGACAUUGAUCAACUGGUUACUGAAGAGCAGCUGGCAGCUCUCUUUCUCAACUGCGGCCAGGUUGUUGAUUGCCGUGUAUGUGGAGAUCCUAACUCUAUUCUUCGAUUUGCCUUCAUUGAGUUCACAGAUGAUGAAGGUGCAAGGGCUGCUUUGAGCCUGUCUGGUACCAUGCUUGGAUAUUACCCACUGAGAGUGCUACCUUCAAAAACUGCCAUUGCACCAGUCAAUCCAACAUUUUUGCCCAGGUCUGAAGAUGAAAGGGAGAUGUGCUCAAGAACAAUUUAUUGCACAAAUAUCGACAAGAAGCUUACUCAAGCAGAUGUCAAACACUUCUUUGAAUCUAUUUGCGGAGAGGUUCAUCGCUUGAGGCUUCUUGGGGAUUACCAUCAUUCAACUCGAAUUGCAUUUGUUGAGUUUGCACUGGCUGAGAGUGCAAUUGCAGCUCUGAGCUGUAGCGGUGUGAUCUUGGGUUCACUGCCUAUAAGGGUUAGUCCAUCAAAGACACCAGUGCGCCCUCGUGCUCCUCGUCCCCCCAUGCACUGAACCAUCCUUUCACAUGUUUCUGGGGAUGCUGCUUCUUGGAGAUAUAUCUACAUAUAUACAUACAUAGAAACAGAUAUAUUCUAAGGGUACCUAUGGCGUUUUGUUGAUACUUUUGUCCAUGAGACUUGCAGUAUGGUAUCUCUUUGUUUCCUGUUGGGGUCAUGAGUUAUGUGUUUAGCUUGUAGAGUUGGAUGGCGUUUUGAGGAUCUCCAAGGCUUAAUUUAUGAUGGCUUGAUCUUGCAGGAGAAAAUUUUUAGUUGGAUUUUUUUCUAGCAUCUUGAAUUUACUUAAAAGGAACACGUUACAAAGUCUUCGUUUUAGUCA